UGACAGUUUACACAGGUGUGCUUUGGAGGCUUGUCUGGGUUGUUUGUACCAGCUAGCUCAGUUGCCGCAUGUAUCACUGAAACUUUAAAAGAAACGGCCAAAUGAGUUUUCACUAAUCAAAAUGAGUUUUUCUAUGCACACUUAGCUGCAACAGCUGUGUAUUGCUGUAUAGUCUACAAGUAGCUGGCUGGCACACAAUGACAAAUACAAUUAACCCCACAGAACAAUUGUCACAUCUAUCCCAGUUCCACAAGUAGUGCAUUGCAUUCCUUAGCACAUUGUCACACCUAAAACACCAUGGCCACCAGCUCUACCAGCACACUGCGUAAAAGGCAACUCAAGGAAUUCUACAGGAAAGCCCACUCGUUGCUCAGUGAGGACGACCGUGAUUAUCUCUACAAUGUACUCAAAGAAUACCAGUCUUACAAGAGAGUGGAUAAACUAGUACAAUGUCUCCAGUCAGCAUUAGAUACUCCUGUCAAACUGGAUUUAUUGAAGGACAUACGCAAUUUAAUACCAGCAGCACACUUGAGUCUCUAUGAUCAGUUGGCGCCCUAUCAUAAAAUGGCGCAUCCUUUUGUCCCACCAAUACAUUCCACCAGGGGGACCCACUCUGCAGGACAUUCCACUGGGCACCCCAGGCAAAAGUCAAGACCAGCAUUAAAUGGUCACAUCUCAGGCUACCAGACACUGCCCCUGAACAGAGGACAUAGAAAGGAACAGGGUUCAUUCCUCACUGUGAACAUAGACAAACAUCCUGAUGAGUCCCUGGGCUUCAGUAUUAGAGGAGGAUCAGAGCACGGACUGGGGGUGUAUGUCAGCGAGAUUGACCCUGGGUCUGUGGCAGAUCGCAGUGGUCUCCAGUUGGGUGAUCAGAUCCUUGAAGCCAACAAUGUGAACUUUGACAAGGUGGCCUCCAGCAGUGCUGUGAGGGUCCUCACUGGCAGCAACAGGCUGAAACUGGCAGUGAAGAGAACUGGGAAGAUACCAGGGCUCAAAUAUGCCAGGGAGAAGACAUCUUGGUUUGACACAAAUGAGCACAAGAUAGUUGAUGGUCAGUUCUUUCCCCAUGGGUCACUUCACAUUCCACUGGACAGCCAACAGAGUGAUAAUGGUGUCAAGAAAGUGAAUCUGACCACUACAAAGCGAGGAGAGUUUAUAGGAAUAAACAUACGUGGGGGCAGUGAAUAUGGACUGGGAAUAUAUGUGUCAAAAGUUGAUCCAGGAGGGCUGGCAGAGGAGAAGGGGAUUGUGGAUGGGGAUCAGAUUAUAGCUGUCAAUGGACAGAACUUUGAGUGCAUCACUCACUCCAGAGCUGUAGAGUUUCUGCAGACACAGUCACAGCUCAUACUCACUAUAAAGCACAUUGGAAAGUUCCCUGUGUAUAAAGAGAUGUAUGCUGAAUAUAGCUGGGUUGACGGAGAACCAAGGAGAAGGAGGAGAAACAGGCCUGCCACUGCCCCUCCCCCUAGACCACAUAGCAGUUAUCAUCCCAGAGAGGACACGCCCCUUGUUGAGAGUAAAGCGGAGGUGUUCACUCAGACCCCCAGCCCCACUCCCAGUGGAGAGUCCUAUAGCAUGGCCAUCCAGACGGAGGAAGUGCUCUCAGCCCAGAAGGACCUGAUCAUGCCCCACCACGAUGAUGUCUACCUGCAACACCCCUCCACCUCCUAUCAGGAAAGCUCACCAGGGGGCAGUCCAAACGCCACCCUGAGGGACAGGCCACGGACACCUAUGGGGAUGAAAGCUCUGAAUAUCAACAAUGCAAACAAAGGUGCCACUGUGGAGAGAACUCAGAGUCUCAGGGUGGAGACAGUUGCUGAUAAAGGUUCCAAAGAAAACAAGAAAGUGAAACGCUCCCGAACAUUCAGAGAACUUUUGUUUGGCAGAAAAGACAAAACAUCUGACAGCUCUCAAGCAGGGUCUGUUAGAGGCAAGUCUAAAGAUAAAUCUAAAGCAGCUGUGAAGAAAGGAAAGGGAGAUAAAGACAAGAGAUUAGAUGAAACAGAUGGGAAGAAAAAUGGAGACCUGAAGAAGUUUGGUAAAGGUGUCGGCACCCAGCUGAUGCUGCAGGAAGCCAUGCAGGGGUCUGCACUCAAGAUGGUGGAGGACAUGGCCAGGAAGUUGCUCAAUGAGGAUGAGGCUGCUGCCAUAGUGCGGCAUGUCAAGAGGUAUUUGGAGGAGCGUGACAUUGAGUCAGUGGUGCCCCCUAUACUUGCUAUUUUAGACAAACCAGAAAAGAUGCUGUUGUUACGUGAGAUCAGAGGUGUGAUCUACCCCACGGACCUAGGGCGAUUUGACAGCAUGGUAUCUCGUCAGGAGUUGGAGGCUUAUGAGGAGUUGUCGUAUGUAAUGAAUGCCACGUCCCCCAUGCCAAUGAGACGGUCAGGUGGAAAAACUUACUUUGGUGCACCCAGAAAACAAAUCAUGGAACCUGUGUCAGGGAUGUCAUACAUGGACGUAGAGCAAACAAGCAGUCAAAUCUCCCAUGGCCAAUUCCGCUUGAAGACAGAGGAAGAACGUGAAAGAGAAAAUGAGCGUAAACUGGCCUUAGAAAGAAUUAGAAAAGAAAAGAUGGAGGAGAGAAAAAGGGAGAGCCAAAAGCAGAGCAAUGAAACAGUCCCAUUUCCCAAGCUUCAAGCUGCUGGGGAUUAUGAGGAUGUAGAUGACGAUGAUCUGUCAGAUGUUGAAUCGGAACUGAGAGCUGGAUCAUCCCUGAACACUACACCACCGUCACAGAAUACUUCCACUCCAUUAAAGGUGUCACCACUUGCAUCCAACUCAAGAGAACCCAACCCUAGUCUGCCAUCAUCAAUCAAUUCAUCUCCAAAGCAGUUGUAUGCUGUGGUGAAGAAGGACAGGAAGCACCAGAGACCCAGAGUGGAGCAGAACCCAGUGUAUGAAACUGUCAAUGUGACUUUCACAGGGAAUGACGAGGAAAAGGAGGAGGAGAGACCUGGUGUGCAGUAUUACACAGACAGUCGAGGGAGAUUACACAUAAGGGAACAAGAUAGUGAUAAUGGUAGAAGACAACUAGAUGUUAAUGAUAGUGAGCACAAAGUCGAAAAUACUACAAUACAAAACGAGGAAAAUACCACAGUUCACAAGGUUGAGGACACUUCAGAACACUAUGCCGUCCCAAAUAUUACCUUAACCAAGCCAAAUACGAGUGACAAUCCAUUACCAGCAGACUUGAGUCACUAUGAUGUUGCCACCCCACCCCCACUGCCACCGCCCCCACCCCAGGAGGAACUCACAGAUGUUGCCAUGGCAACCUCCACACUUCCACCCCCUCCUGGUGCUCUCACAGCAUGGACCAGUCAAGAGUCUGUAUCCACACAAACUGCUCACUCUUCUCUACAGGAGGCUGAAAAAGAUGCUUCUACCCUGGAGGAUGACGACGACGACGAUGAUGAUAAUAAUAAUUUUCAUCUGUCUGUAGCUAUAUCUGAAGAAGCAGCGGCCUCAGGCAGCAUGGAUACCUCUAGGUCCUCUAGCAGGUCGAGAUCUGCGGCCUCUUUUACAGCACCUCCACCCCCUGACACCCCUCCCCCUCAUGAUGGGCCCAUGGAGGAGGAUGAUCUCACUGAUGGAGAAACUGUUGAAGCUCCAUCCACACUUACAAUUGAGCUGCAGAAGAAUGUGAGAUCUCUAGGUAUCAGUAUAUCAGGCGGCAAGGACAGCAGGACCCAGCCCACUGUGAAAGUGGAGAAAGUGUUCCCUGGUGGUGCAGCAGCUGAACAAGGAAUACUUAAGAGUGGCAUGGAAAUCAUUUCCAUAGAUGGCGAAAGUCUCCAAGAUGUGACCCAUCCUCAAGCUGUAGAUAUCAUUAGAAGAGCUUAUAAUAAUAAAACCAACACCACCAUGGAAAUAGUUGUGGUACCACUUCACUAAUAUGGUGUGGAUUAGGUUUUAUUGUAAAAUACAAUUUAAAUGUAGCACUAGAUAAUAAAAUUCAGCCAGGAAUGAUGUCAGUAAAACAGCAGACAAAAUUAAUAUCGGCAGCAAUAUUUGUUGUUCGCUCUGAUGAUUUGGACUAUGGUAAGCAUGUAAGACAGUAAGUGCUAAAUUUCAAAAAAGUUGAAUUAUUGUGAUUUCAAUUGUACAAAUGAAGCAUUAGACAUGAAAUUCCAGUUAUGCAGAUUUUCUUGCAUAACACAGGACAAUAUUUUAGAUACAUGCAUUAGACGUUAUAUUUUUACACUAUAUAAAUGUAUAUUUUCAUAUAAUUCACAUUGUGUCUAAUGACGCCGUCACUUUUUUCACACAUUUUGCAUUUAUCACAUUUGACUUGUAGAUGUGUUUACUUAUAUAUUAAUUUUACAAUCUAUGGAUCUCUAGUUUAAACAUUUAAGGACAUACUUUAAUAUCCUAAUGUCAAAUGAGUGUUAAAAAUACCAUGUAUAUCAUAUAUUGUUGGUCACGCUAUUAUAAUAAUAUUUGCCAAAAACAGUGGUUGUGAACACAAGCUGUCAAUUGUUGUGAAAUAUCUUUGUCCCCUUCACAUUUCACAAUGUUUAAGGUUUGACUUUUGUUAUGGUUGUCCACAAGCUAUGGCAAUGGAUUUUUUUUGUUUACAUGACAAAAUGGAAUUAUAUUGUUUUAUAUCGAUCAGUUUUUUGUGCGUAACUGACUCAGUUACAGUUAAUGUAUAAUAGGUUUUACAGUUACACUUAAUUUUACAUUGGAUGAAUUUUUUUCUUUUAUAACUUUUUUUUAUAUCAAAGUCAUUAUGAAAGCUUACGGUCUUUUAAUUUUUAGACAUUUUGCUCAAAUGAUACAUUACAAAGGUAUACAUGUGUACUUGCAGCAGUGUAAUUCGAAAUUAUUUAUCACACAAUUAACCACUUUAAAGGCUUUUUCUGUGGUGAUUGGAGUAAAUAUCUCACACUUGAGGAAGGUAUUUAAGAGACGAGUCUCAAUUUCCUUUAAAUGCAGUUUUUCAUGUUAUGACUUAGAUUAACGCGCAAAAACUAAAAUUUAUCUUGGAAUACUUAAUGCAAUUUAAUCAAACAAAACCAUUUUUUGUUUUAUUUCUGAUAGCUUUAGACAAUUACUUCUUAGGUCUAGCAGGGGUGAGCUUAUCAUAACAGAUGAACAAUUCUUUUUUGGAGCAUAUUUUUGUAGCAAUGUGUGGAUUUUAUGUUUUGAUGACUUAAAUAACUCGAGAUAUUUUUUCAAUCUUUAUUAAAAUAUAUUAAUAAAAACAUGUUUAAUAAAUAAA